GCGGUGUUGUUGGCAGGGCGGUGUUGGCAGUGGCGGGUGGACGGCCAUGGCAGCGUUGGGGCGCGCUGUGGGCCGCAGGUUUCUCCUCUUGCAGCACGCUGCGGCCGGCUCUGUCCAGCUCCGCACAGCCGCUGUGCUCUGCGGGUCCCUGGAGCUGCCCCUCAGGAGCCAUCUUCUCUUCAAGCCGGUAGGAAUCAGCCCUGGCCCCGUGUCCCCCUGGACCCACCAGCAGAUCCGCACCAAAGCGCGAGGCAACGAAUAUCAGCCCAACAACCGGAAGCGCAAACGGACCCACGGCUGGAUCAAGCGCAUCAGCACGCCGGCGGGCAUCGAGGUCAUCCUGCGGCGCAUGCUGAAGGGCAGGAAGUCUCUGAGCCACUGAGGGCUCUGCUUGCGGGGCAAGCCUGAAGCUGUGGAGUGACCUGAGUGGAGCACCUGUGCCGAGGGAGGCUGCGCAUGUGUGUCUGUCGUGUGUUGGGAGAGUGUGAGGAGUCAUGCUGGCUCGAGGGGAGGCCUCAGAGGGUGUUCGUUUUAAUGCCUGUGCUAUGAAUUGUAAUCUUAGUGUCCCUUUGUAUGGGUGAUUGAGAGAAACUGCUGAAAGCACGAGCUGCCAUUAAAGCCCAGAGCUAAUUGAAUGCAAAA